GCAAAGUGACUUUGGCCUUGGCACGGAUGACUUUCAACCGGAUAAAAAUACUGCUGUGCCUGAUGCUCUCUAGGUCCCCACCAACGGAGACAGCCAGUCCGGAGGGAUGUGACAGACAUAAUCAAUAUCUAGCCAACGAGCACUUCUCUCCUCCAGCCAAGUUUGUGGUUAAGAGGCAUACACUUUAAAAUGGCAAUUCAUUCAUUAAUGAGCAUCAAUGAAUUUGAUAUGGCUUUUACAUGUCCGUUUUUAUGAAACCAGGAGUCGGGGGAUUGUUUAAAUAUACCAUUCAUCCACCCAUCCACCCAUCCACUCUCUCUCACGAACUGAUUCAUGUAGAUUACCUUUUGUCCAAUGGAAUGUGACACCAUUCACUCCCACCAUAGAUACAUUGUACAGAAUGGAACCAAAAGAAAACAUUGUUGUGAUCAGAAUGUAAUCUAAAAUAUUUUGUAUGUAGGUAGGUAAAUAGACCUUAGUACUUCAAUGCAAUGAUACACUAUUAUAGUGUUACUAAUGUAUCUAUUUCUUCCCGGUGUGUGUAUGUGUUCUAUAGUGAUCUACUGCAUAGGAUUCUACCUAUGGAAUGAGGAAACGCAGUGGGCGGGGUUGACCCUCGCCCUCUUGUUGCCAGGGAUACUGGUCCAGGUGUUGAGUCUCAGGUGGUACCAUGACGAUGGGGAAGACCACUAUUGGUUCCUGACCCUCACACACGUGUUGCAACUGGGCAUCUUCCAACGGUUGUGGGACUGCAUGGUGUCUGUAUGGGACAUGCAGGGCACUGCGGGGGAGCUGGGGGCGGCUGUGAUGCAGCAGGCUGAUGUGUCCGCUCUCCGCCUGUUGGAGGCCCUGGUCCUCACCCUACCGCAGACCCUGCUUCAGACCUAUGUCCUGGCCGUCACUGACGUGGAACUAGACUCACCGGUGGCAGCAUGCGCCGGCCUGUGCCUGCUGUCGCUGUCGUGGGCACUGGUGCUGUUCAGCCGGGCGUGCUGCCUGAUCCGCCCGGGGCACCUGGCCAUGCCGCCGGCCGCCCUGCUGUGCCAGCUGCUGUGGAGGGCGGGCAUGCUGGGUGCCCGGGUGGCAAGCCUCAUGUCUUUCGCCCGCUACUUCCACUGGUGGACCUGCGGAGUGGCAGGCUUCCACUGGCUCACAGCGUCUUUCUGGCUGGUCGCCCAGCAACCCGAUAUCUGCACUGGCCCGUGGCGCUGGCGGCUGUUCAACGCUGUGCUGGGAUUAGUUCACAUCUUCCUCUUCCUCAAUGUCAAAGAAGGCCCCUCGCGCUUUCGCAUGGCCGGCUUCUACCUGGCCAUGCUACUGGAGAAUGCCACACUAUUAGUGGCAGCGUCAGACUUCCUCAGUGAGAAAUCAUGGGAUAGCAUAACCCUCCCUACUAUCGUGCUGUGCAGCUUCCUGCUUGGCACCACCUCUCUGGUCCUGUACUACCGCUUCCUUCACCCCAAGUCCACCGAGAUCACCCAGGGCAAGGGCCAGCGCCUGGGCACCCACAACCACCACAUGGGCUCCACCUGUCUCGAGGGCCUGGAGCGGGGCGAGACUUCCUACUCCCUGGGGGGUGGGGGUGGUGUCAAGAGCCUCCCCCAGGCUGCCCCCUCCUCCCUGCAUAACCACGGCAGCUUCUCCCUCUCAGGCGUGGCCGGCUCCCUACUGGAGCAUCCUGGGAGUUGCGGUCCCAGGCUAGGUAACUCGUGUCCCUGCCGCCACCACCACUGGCUCCUGAUUCGCUUGGCACUAAAAACCGGUGACUUGGGGAAGAUUAACUGUGCCUAUGGUUCCGGCGGUGUGGCGGCCGUUUUGGAAGUGGACGAGUCCUAUUGUAACUCUGAGGCCAAGAGUACGGGUGGCGGCGGGUCAACCACAGCAGGCGGCGGCAGCUGCGACGGGGUCUCCGGGGUUUCCGGGACUUCAGUGUCUGAAUCACAGGGAAUGAAGGGGGGCUUGGUGCCCCUCUCGGACCGCAAGGAGGAGUUCCAGAGCGCUAGCGACGAGCCCACGUCAGCCGAGAUGCCCAGCGAGGGCGAGGAGGAGAGCAAGGACAGCCUAGAGGACAUGGAGAGCCCGCUGGAGUCACCGGUUUCUGACUCCUUCAAGCGUAGCUCGCUCGAGGGUAAAUUGUUGUUUGGGAAAACCCCCGAGCCUUAUUUCUGCCCUAACACCACCAUGUCCAGCACCACACUGUACUUCAGUGCUGACCCCCAGUCCCCCAGCAGCACCAGCAACCCCCACCUGGACCGGGUCAGCCCCCCCAUGGGCAUGGCAGGCCUUAGCUUCAUCCCCAGCAACCCCGCCCAUAGGGACAUGACGGGCCUGCAGAUGGGUCGGAUGGGUCCGUGCUACACCUCAACACCCAAACUGGACUCUGGGGCGCAGGGGGACUCACCGCCCAGCAUCCCCCAUCUGAGUGGUCCCAGGAGGCAGCUGAUACUGUCACGCCGAGACCAGGAUGAUGGAUUUUAGUAACAAGGGAGAGAUAAAAAGACAGAUGGGAGAGAGAGACUGAUUAUGCUUCCUCUCUAUUGCCUAUCCAAUCUCAACGCUCAAAACCAGCUCCAUUAGAAGCACACAUAUCUUAUGUAAUAUACAUUUCCUAUAGAUGUGCACCGUUACCAACUCUUGCUGAUCAUUCCAAGUACCAAGUACUUUUCCUUGAGGAGAGGCCGAUACGCGGCGAGUACCGAUUCAAGUAUUUAUUUUUCAUAACAUGAACUUUAACCCAGUUCAAUCAAUGCUACCUCCUAAUCAACCAAACAUAAUGCAGUAAACAAAUAAUGACAUAUUAAAACACAAAAAUGCUUUUAAAAAUAAUCAUUUCAAUACAAUAACAAAUACAGAAAAGUUAUUCUACGAAAACGAGUAGGGCUGGGAAUUGCCAGGGACCUCACGAUACGAUAUUAUCACCAUACUGGGGUGCCGAUACGAUAUGUAUUGUGAUUUUUACGCUUCUAUAUGUAUUGCGAUUCGAUGUUCCAAACAUAUUGCUCACUAUAUGUCUGCUGCAGAGGGACUAGAGAAAGCAAUGAGAAAACCAGUUUCAAUCAGUCAUGGAAAUAAAAGUGCCGAAAAGAAAUUGGCUCACCAUUUAUGAAGGAGAACACGCUAUAGAAGGAAAAAUACCGGAGUAUUGGCACAGGUACAGUUGACUAGCGCAAAAUUUAUAUCGCAAUAUCGUAAAAACAAAUAUCCCGACGUGUAACCAUAUCGAUAUAUAUAUAUUUUUUUUCUCCCAUCACUACUAGGCAGGAGACACGACCCCGGCUAAAGUGAAGAUGCCCGCCACAAUAUGUUAGCUACAUAUCUGAACGUUGUAUCUGCUAGCAUUUACAGAUACCCUGUUCAAGUAGUAGCAUAUGGGCCCGAUACCAAGUACCAUUGAUAGUAUCCCUGCACUUCUAAUUUCCUUGUGUGUUUUUGUUAUUCUUUUGAAAUGAUGCUCGCUCCCCCCUGCCCCCCCAAAAAUGAACAUAUGAUCAGGGGGUUAUUCACUAGGAACCAAACAAAACCAACCAGAAGCAAACAGUUUUCAGUGCAAAACCGUUUUGCCAUCGUUUGCUAUGGUGUGGAGUAAUGGCUACACCACAGGUGAACAUAUACAGGCGUUUGCUGACACUGCUUAGGACAGACAGGCUCCAAUGUCGUCUCGACAAAACUGUUUGACGCUGAAAUUUGACAGGUGUCUCGCUUUUAUAGAACACCAUUUGCCAGGUGUCUCGCUUUUAUAGAACACCAUUUGCCAGAUGUCUCGCUUUUAUAGAACACCAUUUGCCAGAUGUCUCGCUUUUAUAGAACACCAUUUGCCAGAUGUCUCGCUUUUAUAGAACACCAUUUGCCUUUUGUUGUUGUUCAUAUUAACAAACAUUUAUUGCUAAGAGCUAAUUCAUAUUUUUAAGGUACAUUGGUAUCAAAAAAUGUUUUUUAUUCUUUGUCUCAAAGACAUGUUGAACAUGUUAACUUGCUAAAUGCAGUUUUUCGGUUGAGAUGCUAUAUAAUAUGUUUUUGUACUGUCUCAGGCCCAUGGUUAAGUUUCCACACCUCAAUUGUGACUAAGGGAUAUCCAAGACAUGUUUUGCUGUGCUAACUUUUCCAUCUCUCUUAUAAGGGAUCAUUGUGAUUUUGACUAAAUGUUCUAUAAAGGACCCAGGAUGAGAUCCAUAGCCGAAACAUACAGAACACUAAAAUGAUGCCUGUUUUCAUAGUUUUCUCCUUCUCAGGUGUUUGCCUAUUCAACAUUUUGUUCCAUAGGUCAAGGCCACUGGUGGCUUGAUAACAAAGAAGCAAUAAAGGUUAUAUUGGGUGGACAUAAUGCAAAAA